UUUAAAAAAUAUUUUGACGUUUUCAGUUUCAUCGUUAACUUGGCUUGCUCCGAUUUAUUACUAUGUGUCGUCACAGCUCCAGUAACGUUAUACACAAGUGCAAAUGCGUUUUGGCCUUUUGGCGAUAUCGCUUGCAAAGUGUUGGCGUCUGUUCAAGCGGUGAACACUUUUGUGUCAUCACUUACAUUGGCGUUAAUCGCAAUGGAUCGUGUACUACUAACAAAGUAUCCAGUUAAAUGGCGAUUGGCCGCAACAGCGUCGAUCAUUUGUUACUGCGUCGUUUGGGUUGUAUCGAUCGUUAUCGCCUUACCGUAUUCUCUUACAGUGAAAUCCCAGAAAUUCGAUAAAGUCGAACCGUGGAAUGAUGUACAUACUCCGAAAAUGCUCAGUAUAUGUGGACGAUCUUAUCCAGAAAUCUGUAUGGAAAUCCAGGAUACAUGGGAACGUGCCUAUAUUUCCAAAACCACAUUCACAAUUACGGUGCUAGCUAUUCAGUAUCUACUACCACUAUUUGCACUGGCUUAUGCUUACGUACAAAUUGGAUCAACAAUACGACGUCGAUCAAAAGUGAGCCGAACGAUUAAUCAAGCUCGACGUAUGAGUAUGCAAAGUAGGAACAGGUCAGUGGCGAAGGCUUGUUUGAUAGAAAAAACGAGGAAAAUUUUAUGUCAUGUCACUUUGCCUCUACAAAUUUGGGAAAAGAGUUCCAGUGGGAGCGACCAUUAUGGAUGGCUAGCCAUAAGGGGGACAGAUGCGAACAGGCCGCUUAUGAUGGGUUGA